AUGAUGAAACCGCGUUCGCAAACGCUUCGAUUCGUGAACGGGUACGCGAUAUUAACCGACGACGCGACGUCUUCGAAACAAAAGAUGAUUUCGCCGCACCAACAAAACGAAACAGAAGAAAUUUUGGUUGAAAAUAAGGAGAAGGCGACAUGUUCUUUCGUUCCGGCGUACGUGGCGUUAGAUCGCAUCGUGCUUCGAUUUUUCGCGAAAUAUACGGAGAUUGUGCACGAUAGCGCGACGGAGACGUCUCGCGAACGGAGAGUGGUUUUUAGAGUGUACGCGGAGGAUCUCACGAUUGACGCGACGGAGCCGAAACAGGAAAAUUCUGGGUUGCAGCAAGGGUUGUAUUUGAAGAGGACGAAGUGCGAGGAGGUUUUUAGCGAGCAGUUGAGAGAAGCUUUGGUGGUUAAAAGCAACGAAAUAGGUGGUGGAGAUACUGCCGCAGAGGUGAAAAGAGUAGUCUUGGAGAUGUUGAAAGUUGGGAACACGAUUACCGUGUGCGGGCGCGCGUUUUCGGUCUACGCGUGCGACGGAUUUACUCGCCAGUUUUACGAAGAGGGCGAAGAAAUGAGUAUGCCGCCAAACGAAACGAACGAACACGAAAGUACUUCUUCGCGCGACUCCAAAGAUGAUUUUGAAAGCGGCGUCAAUAACUCGCUCGCUUUUAAGCGCGCGAAAGGGCCACCGAACGCGAGGUUGGACGAUAUGGCUCGAUUUACCGAGGCGAAGCUCGGGCGACCGAGCUCGGCGUUGGGUCCGGACACCAGAAAGAAAUUUCUCGAACACGACGGGGAGGUUUUACGGUUUUACGCCACAUGGAAAGGAGAGAAAGACGAGAGAGAAGACGCGACUGAUGACGAGAAGCGAAUGUUUUGCGUGCACUAUUUUCUCGCGGACGAUACGGUGGAAGUUAUCGAGAAAGGCGGACGCGCGCUUUUGAGACGAGGAAAACUUCCGAAAAUAUCAUCAACAUCAGAAAGAGAGAAGAAAACAGAAAGAGAACAGACGAUACCGACACCAACACCAUCUGCGAAACCGUUAGACUUUUCCGUGUGCUCGAUUGGUAGCAGCGAACGAAUCCCUCACAUCGUUGCAAACGAGAUUGUCGUCGGUCAAACCGUCAACGUCUACGGUCGAGACAUGUUCAUUUACGGUUGCGACCGAUCCACGGAGGCGUGGUAUUUGAAAAUCCACGGGGAGAACGCGAUCGCAAACAUCGACGUUUCGAAACCGGAAACACCCAAGAAGAAGAAAGAAGUGCCUCGACACGAGGGUUUAGCCAUUGGAAGCGAAGAAGAUACGUUGCAAAACUGUUUGGCGUUGAAUCCAAAGCCGCCGAAGAAGGAUUAUCGCAAGGCGUUUGAGAAGGGCGGGUGCGUGUUGCGAUUUGAAGCGAGGAUUGUUCGCGGCAAAGAAGAUGAUGGAGACGGGAAGAAUAUCGAUCCGCCGUGCUCAUCUCUUUCAUCAUCGUCCAUUAUCGUCCCUAACGGCGGCGACGGAACCUCCGAUGCCUCCGCGAACGAUUUUAAGCGUAACUUUGUGCUCUCGUUUUUCCUCGAGGAUGACACGGCCUCGGUAUUUGAACCUCCCGAGAAGAACGGUGGAAACGGUGGGAAAUUCCUCGAAAGAGGCAAAAUUCGCGAUAGCCAGACUGGUAAGGCGUACAGCACUGAAGAUAUGUUCGUAGGAAACGUUCUCAAGUUGCACAAGCGGUGCUUCAAGUUAGUCGCAGCGGACGCGUUUACGUUGAAAACGCUCGCCGAGGGACGCUACUAA